AUGGACGUGACUAGCGCUGCCGAGCAGGGCAUGCAGAAAAAGCAGGACAAGGCGGAGGAGAACCGAUUCGCACUUCUGCAGGAGGCCACCAGGAGGCAGCUCAUCCUCCAGGAGCGCGAGAAGGCCAACAGCCGCCGGGCGAUGGCCGAGCAGAUCGCCAAGGAGAACCUCCAGCUGCGAGCCCAGAAAGUGGAGCAGACCAAGAAGCUGAAAGAGAUGUACACCAACAAGUUCUCGGACGACUUCUUCGCGCAGUUUGGGACCACCACCCGAUGA